CCACCACGACUAGGCAUCGACUCCCAGCUGCUUGCCAAUUCGUUGAAACCCUGCCCUGCGACCAUGGAAAUGAAUUACAGGCCAAUUAGUGACAGGAGCAAGAGUAAUAUAAGGCGGGGCCUGGAGUACCUGUUGACCCAAGAGGAGCCCAAGAGAACCGCCUCAGUGGACUCCCAGGGGAUGACCAUAGAGGACUACGUCAUUCUGGCCGACAUCCCCAGACUGGACCUGGGGUCAGAGGGAGAGGGGGCGGAGGUGCUACUGGCCCCGAGGAGGAGGACCCAGAGCCCCAGCCCACGUAGAGACCAGAGGCACAGGACACCCAGGUAUGUAGAGGAAUCUGAUAGCUGCAGUACGAGGGUUGAGUCUGAUGAGAGAGGGAGAGGCAGAGAGAGGGGGAGAGACAGGAGGGAGAAAGAGAAGGAGAAAUAUUGCGACUCAGAGGAUGGACGACUGUCCCGAACCCAGUCCACAACUGAUCUUCAGCCACAGAGGUCAGACAAUCAAACUAGAAAGGGCCUCAGAUCUUCUAAACCACGGCAGAGAGAUCUACCUGAAAGUACUCAAACACAGUCUGACCUAAAGGGCUGGAUGUCAAAACUGGAUGAAUAUGGGGAGUGGAGGAGACACUGGUUUGUGAUGAGGGACGCUGCACUGAGUUUCUACAUGGACUCUGAGGCUGAGGAGUCAGAUGACCUGGAUGGAGAGAUAGACCUGACGACCUGUAUGAACGUCCAAGACUUUGACGUGGAGAAGAACUAUGGAUUCCAGAUACAUACAAAGAAAGUAGUGUUCACUCUGUCAGCCUCGACCUCCAGGAUCAGGAGGAAGUGGGUUAAUGUGCUGAGACGGACUAUCCAACCCAGACACUCUUCAGACAUCACACCAUGGUCAGACAGUGAAAGAGAAAACUCUCAGCCUGUGUCGUCUCGCCAGCCUCCCUCUGUGCUCACCUGUGAAGACACCGACCCUCAAACCACUAACUCCACCUCCAACCUUUGUCAAAUGGACUCUUUGGCCCCGGAUCUAGAUGACACCUCCCCCAACAUGUCAUCAGACAGUCAGAGAGAGGCAGGAGAGGGCUGGGACAGAGAGCAAGCCAAGCGAUUGGAGGAGAGGAACAGAUGGUUUGAGGGGGGGAUCCCCUUCAGAGAGAUGGGCAGCAGAUGGGACUCUCUGGAUCUGAAGAAAGCCGGCGUACCUGUACCUGUCACUCACACCAUGGACGUGGACGUCAACAAUAAGUGGGUGGAGUUCGAGAGUCUAACAUUCAGGGAGAUGAGCGCGCUGUCUCUGAUUGGUGCACAGACUAAUCAGACCAAUCAUACGAUUCCUAAUCAGACGAUUCAGACGACCAGUGCAACGGCCCUACAGAGGGAGGCGCUAUCACUCAGGCAGCAGGUAGAGUGUCUGCGUAAGGAGCGUGUGGAGAUGGGGAUGGAGGUGGUCAGUCUGUGUGGCCCCUGGGCCCCCUGCGGCCAGCGUCUGGAGGCCAUGGAGGCGGCCCACCGCAGGGCCCUGAUGGAGCUCCAGCAGAGCCACACCAGGGAGGUCCGAGAGCUGCAGAGACAGAGACUACUGCAGGAGGAGAGCCAGGCCACGGCACAAGCAGUUGAGGCCCUGAAGGAGGCUCACAGGGAGGAGCUGGAGAGGGAGGUGGAGAAAGCCAGAAGGAUGACUGAAGGGGGUGGCCAUAUGGAUACUACGCACAGAGGACAGACGCCCCAGGCUGAUGCCCUCCACAGUGAGUUGGACGUUCUGUCAGAGAGAUAUUCCCAGAAGUGCCUGGAGCUGAACCGGGCCGAGCAGAGAGGAGGAGACAGAGAAACAGAGCUGAGCUGGAAGGACAGAGAGAUGGAACAGCUCCGCAGAGAGAACCAGGAACUGCAGGCUCGUCUGACUGAGGAGAUUAGCCGCAUGCGCCACUUCAUCACAGGUCAGAGGUCAGGAAACGUCUCCCCUGGCAACUUUGAGCGCAGUCCCUCGGAAUUGGAAAUGCUGCUACGAGCAAAGGAGAUUGAGGUCGAGUACCUACAAAAAGAGAUUGUCUGUCUAAGGAAUGAAGUGCAGUCUCUAACUAAGGAGAAGCAGAGUUUGUGUGACCGCUACAAGGAGGUGUACGUGGAGCUGAUUGGGAUGAAGGGUCACAGUGAGCUGGAGAUCAGGGAGCUCAGGGAGCACCUCAGACUGACUAAUGCAGCACUGCACGAGGGGAGAAGAGACACCUGAGACUGGCCAACGCAGCGCUGCAGGAAGAGAUAGAGUUGGUGGAUGGAUAGUUGGAUACCUGCUGUGAAGAGCCAAGAAGCCAUACAAUAGCACAAUGUUUGUUCUUCGUUAUGGCUGGCUGUGGUUAGCCUGGAAUUCUCCAAACUGAUAUGCUCUGUUUCAACAUAUAGCAAAGUGAAACCGUGGUGAAAUAGAGCACAUCAAUCUGGAUUCCAGGCUAGGCUGUGGUUGGAGUUAUAAGACCAAAGAAUGUAUGUUUUAUAGAAUGACAGGGACAACCACAAAAUAACACCAAAGAACAUACCCCAACAAA